AUGGCAUGCAAAAAACCACUAGGGCCUGGCCCUGGCUCGUACAAGCUGCCGACGACAGUGGGGUUCCCCCAACACGACCCCUCGCGCUACCGAAACCCGAUGUACUCCUUCGGUAUGAACGCGGGGUUUCGACUCAAGCGGCUCGGGCCGGGGCCGGCUUACCGGAUAGACAGGAUCACCAGGGACGGGCUUAUGUCCUCGCCUGCUUGGAGCUUUGGAGCAAGGUUUCCCACUCGUGGCAUUUUACGCACGCCGGGCCCUGGCGCGCAUGCCCCCGAGCGCUGCCCGCCCACUCGUGAGCCCCGAGCCCCGCAGUAUUCUAUGGGAGCGAGGCUUGGCUUCGCGCUGAAGCGGCCUGGACCAGCUCCGAACGCGUACGCUCUAAGGCUGGGUCCUGGGACACCCGCGUACACUAUGGGAGCGAGGGUGGGCUUCAACCCUAAAACUAAGUCACCCGGUCCUGCGGUUCUACUAAUCCAUAUUGUGAUCAAGCGUCUAGACAGGCCAGUCGUACGUCGUCGGGGGGAAACGCAGACUAUCAUAAUUAAUAUAAUAACUAGACCACCGAGCUACACGCUGGGCGCGCGCUCGGGCGGCGCGGGCAGGGUGACGCGCACGCCCGGCCCUGCUGCCUACCCGCCCAACUUAUACAACACCAAGAAGAAUCCAUAUGCCUAUUCGUUUGGAACCAAGCACGGCGACUAUGCAUGCCCUAUGAUCAUCAAGGAAGAUACUAUGGACUGUCUA